CCGAUACAAAAACACUAUUGUGCUUUGUAUUUCUUGAAACCAACUACAAUACUAAAUAAUUUAUAGACACCAUGGCGGGAAACACAUUUCCAGAAUUCCAACCCUUUAAAGACGAAUGGCCCAUAUAUAGGGAAAGACUGGAUAAUUAUUUUAUAGCUAAUUUUAUAUUAGAAGACAGACAGAAAGUAGCCUUUUUAUUAUUGUCGAUAGGAGAUUAUACCUACAAAGUGUUAAGGAACCUGAUGUUUCCCGUACCGCUACAAAAUAUGAAGUAUGACACCUUAGUUAAAGUUUUAAAUAAGCAUUUUACCGUCGAAGUUAACGUGUGGUGCGAAAGAAAGAAGUUUUUUGAACUCAAACAGGGUGAGGGAGAAGCUGUAGCUGAUUGGUUUGGGAGAGUUAAAAGGGUGGCAAUUCCUUGUAAGUUUGGAAACAGUAUGGAUUAUAUGAUGGUUAACAAAUUUAUGACUGGUUUGAUUCAAGGAAAAAUUCAAGAUCGAAUUUUUGAAGAAGAUAUCAAUAAAUCAUGCGCAGAGUUGGUUUCUUUAUCUGCUAAACUAGAAAAAUUGACUCUGUUAAACCCUCUAGCACCAAUGUCCAAAUCUGCAGAAAAGGAUCAUGGUUAUUAUUGGAGAGAUUUCUAUUAUGGAAAAAUCCCCGAAGAUGCGUAUUGCUGUGGCGAAGAUAAUACUGGAAAAUGUUACAUAGGACAAUGUGUAUAUUUUCCCCAAGGAAUGUUUACUGGGAAAUUAUACGAAGGGGCUCGACAAUGUCCAGUACCGGCAUAUGGAGUUAAAACGAAUGCCCACGCUAUGAAGAUAUUGUGUUGUAAAAAUCCCAAUAAAAUGCAAUGGAUCAAUAAUGUAUGUAAAAGCGAUAAUGAUUUUAAAGAUGGCAGUAUUUUGAUACCCGAAUCAAAUCCAAUUUAUGGUGGUUACGAUUCCAAAAGCAACUCAAGACUUAUGAUUUCCAGACAAAAACAAAAUGGUGAAAUUUUAAUUGGGGUUUGGAGAGAUGGACAUCUUCCAUAUUUCGCUUAUAGAGGAAGCGAGGCUAGUGGGGGACCUUUCACCUAUUUAACUUAUAAUAAUAUUUUUUAAUAUUAUGUAAGCAGA